GAAAGAAGCAAAGAAGGAAGGGCCGAGGCCUGGUCUGUCGCUCGGUGCGGCUGCCCAGGAAGGUCUUCCGCAGCCAGCCUGUCCCUCCCGCUCCUCAUGCUCAGCUGCGGCAGCCGAAGCAGCCAGCCUGAGGCGCGCACCCGUCAGCCUCAGCAUGGCGGCGGCGCCUGUCACCGCAGGAGCCUUCACAGGGGGAAGCGGGCAAGAGAAGAUGCUGGCUCCGGCCUUGCUCAGCUUCUUCAUUUACAACCCACGGCUGGGCCCCAAGGAAGGGGAGGAAGAAAAGAAGAUUCUCUUUUACUAUCCCAAUGACAUAGAAAAGAAUGAAAAAAUAAGAAGUGUUGGGUUAUGUGAAGCCAUAGUGCAGUUCACAAGGACUUUCAGCCCUACAAAACCUGCCAAAUCGCUCCAUACCCAGAAGAAUAGACAGUUCUUCGAUGAACCUGAAGAAAAUUUCUGGAUGGUCAUGGUUGUACGGAAUCCGAUCAUAGAAAAACAUAAAGAUGGCAAACCAGUUGUAGAAUAUCAAGAGGAAGAAUUACUGGACAAAGUUUAUACUUCGGUGUUACAGCAGUGUUAUAACAUGUAUAAGCUUUUUAACGGUACAUUCCGAAAAGCCAUGGAGGAUGGAGGUGUACGAGUUCUGAAAGACAGGCUGGAGAAAUUCUUCCAUCGGUACCUGCAGACGCUUCAUUUACAGUCCUGUGACCUGCUGGAUGUUUUUUGUGGAAUCAGCUUCUUUCCUUUGGAUAAAAUGACUUACUUGAAAAUCCAGUCAUUCAUCAACAGGAUGGAAGAAAGUCUGAGCAUAGUCAAAUAUACUGCAUUCCUCUACAAUGAUCAACUCAUCUGGAGUGGAUUGGAACAAGAUGACAUGAGAAUUCUGUACAGAUACCUGACCACCUCUCUCUUUCCAAGAUACAUAGAACCAGAGUUGGCAGGGAGAGAUUCACCAAUACAUGCAGAAAUACCUGGAAAUCUACAGCACUAUGGAAGGUUUCUCACAGGACCUCUGAAUCUGAACGACCCAGAAGCAAAAUGCAGAUUCCCCAAAAUAUUUGUAAAUACAGACGGUGCUUAUGAAGAGCUCCAUUUAAUUGUAUAUAAGGCUAUGAGUGCAGCUGUCUGUUUUAUGAUUGAUGCGGCCACGCAGCUUACACUGGAGUUCUGCCGUAAACUCGACAGCAUUGUUGGCCCGCAGCUCACUGUCUUAGCUUCUGAUAUAUGUGAACAAUACAACAUCAAUAAGAGGCUGUCAGGGUCAGAGAAGGAACCUCAGUUUAAAUUUAUCUAUUUCAACCACAUGAACCUGGCAGAGAAAAGUACAAUCCAUAUGAGGAGAACGCCCAGUAUCUCUCUUACAUCGGUUCAUCCUGACCUGAUGAAGAUUCUUGGAGACAUCAACAGUGACUUCACCAGGGUUGAUGAUGAUGAGGAAAUCAUAGUGAAGGCCAUGAGCGACUACUGGAUUGUCGGCAAGAAAUCUGAUCAGCGGGAACUGUAUGUAAUUUUGAAUCAGAAAAAUGCAAACCUGAUUGAAGUGAAUGAAGAAGUAAAGAAGCUUUGUGCAACACAGUUCAACAAUAUUUUCUUCUUGGAUUGAUCAGCAGUGGGCCGACUCUGAGGAAGAUGGCUUGGAAAUGCCCAAGGAGCAUUUUUACUGACUGUAACUGGUUAUUAAGUCAUAUUAUUGACUGGAAUAAUGACAAUAGUAAAGCAAUACUUGCUUUGUAAGAAUCAUCUUUCUACCAAAACCGUACAUGCUCUGAUCAUACAAUUUUUAGAUUUUAAAGUAUUUAUGUGCAAAAUUAAUUAAAAUUAGUCUGGAUUAAAUGUGUCUCCAAUAUUGUAAUGUGAAUAUUUUACUGGAAAAAUAAAAUUAACCGUUGUUACAAUUUUAA